CUGGGGUUGGAGGAGUGGUGUCACUGUUGGGGGAGCGAAACAGCUGAUUUUAGGGAAUGUUUCGAUUUAUUUCGAUAUUCUGGAGAAAAACAUUUUCACUAUUUUGGUAAAUUUUCAUUCAACUUCUAUUCGAAACAAUUAGGGGUUUGAUGACAGAGUUUCACUUUGUUACUCGUUUUUUUAAGUGUACCUAAAAUAUUUUAUGGAAAUUCGUAGAAUUAUGUUUUUAUCUCUUCAUAAUUUAUGUAGAUUAGCUCCAUAUGAUUCCUUCAUUCCAAUAAAUUCAUUCAAAUACCUUCGUCCGAACCAAUUGACAUCAAUCAAUCAAAAGAAAGGAAGAAUGCAUUCAACUUCAGACUGAGGAACUUCAGACAAUACCCGAGUUAUCGAAACAAUCCCAUUGAUAUUGACAUGUCUGAGGAUAUCGGAAAUUUCACGGAAAACUUGGUGGAAGCCGCAAUGUCGAAUGCCAUCGAACAGUCCGGUGUCACCGCAGCAUCAGAUUUGACAUCGGCCAACGAGCCGGACCUCAAGCCGCUGUCCAACAUUCUCCGUGAGGUGGCCCAACUGGCAAAGAGUCUUCAACAGGGCAUGGAGAAUGUCCAAAUCGGUGACUACACCGUAUCCCUGACAAACGCGUCCCCCUUCGAGAUCCAAUUGAAGCGGGCCAUUAGCAAUCUUGAGAUUUCCGACGUCGACAAACCCCUGAAAAUAAUAAUAACGGGUGAGGGUGACUACGAAGUGAGGGAGGAUACCCUCAUCUCCGUGGAGAAAGACCCAGAACAAAGUCAAUCGCCCUGUGAGCCGAACGUCCCGCCAGUCGCUCCGGCCAGCGAAAUCAGCGCCCCGACGCCUCAGGAACCCAACCUCAACUCCAAGAAGAUGACUUUCGCCAGAAGACUUAGGAGACUUUUCCAAAUUGGCCCCAAAAACCCGUAAAUACGCGAAAACAAUUAUUGUGAAAUUUCUCGU